AUCUGAAAUCUUUAUUAAGCUAAAGAAAUUUUAAACAUCGUAACAAGAUUUUUAUUUUUUUAUUUAUUGAAACUCGACAAGUAUACAAACAAAAUAGGCAUCAAAUGAACAAUAUUAACAAAUCGCAAACUACAAAAAUAUAAAGGCAGACAUAAUUAUAAAGCCAAAAAAACAAAAACAAAAUCUGACAGUGGUUACAUAAUGAAAAUCCAAAUAAAGGAAGAUUAAAUUUAAAAUAUAAUAAAUAAAAUAAACAGUUGGUGACGUCAUAUCGAACGCGUUGGAUUUACCUGUGUGAGGAUGGCGGAGUUGAGCUGUCAGUCAAACCGAAAGCAAAAAGCAUAUAUAAACACUCACACACUCACACCAACAUCACACUAACAAUCUGAGACUCAUCCUCUGGACAUUUACUUUCACUAAAUACAGAAAACAGCUUUUUCAUCUGCACUUUUCAAAAUGGGCGUCUUCUUCUCUCACAUUUUCUCUCGUCUCUUUGAGAAAAAAGAGAUGAGGCUGCUUAUGCUUGGUCUGGAUGCAGCAGGGAAAACAACAAUCCUCUACAGACUCAAACUUGGUGAAGUUGUCACAACUAUUCCAACUAUUGGUUUUAAUGUUGAGACAGUUGAAUAUAAAAACAUCUCCUUCAUUGUUUGGGAUGUCGGCAGUCAGCACCUCAUCACACGCCUCUGGAGACAUUACUAUUCGAACACUAAGGGUCUGAUCUUUGUGGUGGACAGCAGUGAUCAGGACAGGAUUGAAACGGCAGCAGAGGAGCUAAAUAUGGUGCUGGCGGAGGAUGAGAUGAGAGACGUUGUUCUGUUAGUUCUCGCUAACAAGCAGGAUUUACCCAAAGCCAUGGCAGUCCACGAGCUGACAGAGAGACUGGGUUUACACGCACUGAGAGGAAGACAGUGGUUCGUUCAGCCCACAUGUGCGGUUCAAGGAUCAGGGUUAUAUGAAGGACUGGACUGGCUCUCGGAUCAACUGUCCAAACAACAAUAAAGCAAAGUCCACAUGAAACGGAAGUUGCAAUAGUCUUUUCUUCCCUAUUGUGACGCAUAUCCGAGUGAAACGGCUUCUGGAACAAGAACAAAAAGGGCACGGCUUGAUUACUGGUGCCAGUAAACUCGUCAUCAGAGAAGAGAAGAGAUGUCGCUGCAAGAGGGAGGGAUGUUAUUCUGAUUAAAGAUUAACUUAAGAUAAAUCAUUUAUAAUAAAUUAUGCAAUAUUCCAUAAA